UGUGUUUGAGACAAACCAAGAGUGGGAGUCACAGGGUGAGGAAGACAGAGACGAAGAAGGAAUACAAGAGAGAAGAGAGUCAGAGAUUUUUGUGGGAUCUCUGCUUGACCCACUGUUAUCUCCAAGAUGUUUAAGAAAAAGGACACCAAGGAGAGCGCGCUCAAGGUCUCGGGCAAACUCAGCAAGAACCAGGCCGGCAACUUGGCCUUGCUGAUCGCCCAGAUGCAAAAGAAUGCCGACCAGGUGGAGAAAGACAUCCUCCGGUCUGAGGAGAUGCUGGCUGUGGAUGCGGAGAAUGAGAAGAACGAGCUGCCCUUCGAACAUCAGACUGAGAUAUCAGACAAGCUGGGUGAGGCUGAGGGUCUGCUGAAGGACCUCUUCCUGGACGUUGACAAAGCCAAGAAGCUCCAACACCCACAGGCCAGAGAGAUAGAGAGCGAUGUCAUCCACCUCCAUGAUCGCUGGUUGAAGGACUGCGCCUACUAUCGAGAAAUCUAUGACCAGAUUGAUGACGUGUCACUGAUGCCCAGAAUUGACUGGGCGCCUGUUUUUAACCAAAAACAAAAACAAGUGAAUGCAGAAGAGUAUGGCCCCACAUUGGCAGACCUGGAGAAACAGAUUGCUGCUCACAACAUCCUGCACAAAGAGAUCGAGGCCUACAACUCACAGCUGUGUGUCAGCUCUGCAGGCAGCAAGGAGUCAUAUACAGCCCUGAAGAAACAGUACAACAAUCUACUGGACAACUCCAAGUGGCGUCGCCACUACCUGAACAGCCUGUACGAGUACAUGCAGUCCUGCAAUAAGGAGCUGGCCUUCCUGGCCGAAGAACAAGAGAAGAUCAAAAAGCAGGACUGGAGUGACCGCAUGGUAGACCCACCUGACGUCCGCAGACAGUAUGAGAACUUCAAGAACAACAACCUGCUAUCCCAUGAGAGCGAGGUGAACAAACUCCAGGAGGAAGCAGACAGACUUGUUGAACUGAAACAUCCUGCCAGUACCGCAAUACAGGGUCAGAGAGAUGCUGUACGAAACGAGUGGCAGAAAUUCCUCAACCUCUGCAUUUGUCAGGAGACACACCUGGACAAUGUGGAGGAGUUCAAAAAGUAUCAGCUGGAGACUGAGCAACUGGGAGAGACACUCUCCAAACUCAACAACAGCUUGGACCCCAAAGCCAUCAGCAAAAAGACCAACUCGGAGACGCUGCUGCAGCUCGAGGCAGAGGAAAAGACUGUACAGAACAGUGAACAGCUGCUGGCAGACCUGAGGAGGCGCAGCACCACCAUCGCCCCUCUGAAGCUACGACGCAACACCCCCAACAAGCCCGUGACAGUGGAGUCGCUGUGUGACUGGGAGACAGAUAAGGGUUCUCUGUCCAGAGGGGAGAAGUCCACCCUAAAAUCUAACUCAAACAUUGACAACUGGGACAUUAUCUCCACUGAUGGGGCAACAAAAACCUUCCCAGGAGUCUGCUUCCAGAUCCCUCCACCUGAUCCAGAGGCCAUCAACAAAGUGGACCUGUUGGGUGGUGAACUGGCAGACAUAAAAAAGAAAAGAGCUGCUCUGGUGGCAUCCCUGAAGAAUCACAAGUCAGAUGUCUCCAGGUCCCAACAAUCAGCCCCAGUGUCUUCCGCUGCACCGGAUCCCAAAGUGACAGCCCUGGCUCAACAGCUGGACAAGCUGGACGACAACCUGGCCAGCACUGAGCAAAGCAUGUUGGACCGCCUGCGAACCCCACUGAGCCGCACCGACCCAGCCGGAGAUCUGGCCAACAGGCUGAAAGAGCAAGAGCAAGCUGCCCAGACUCUGAAGGCUCUGGAGCAGCAGAAACUGGCAGCUCAGACCGAACUGCAGCCCCUGCUGGCCAAAGAUCCCAGCAGUACUUCUUCUGCGCUGCCACUCAAACUUAGUGCUGCCAACAACAAGCACGAUGGCAUUGCUGCACUUGCUGACCUCUUCACAAAGAAAGCGAAUGCAUCUCUCAACCUCGAGAGUCAGAUUAAGAAGGUGGAUGGUCUUGUCUCUGGUUUUGAGAAAAGGCUGAGUGAAGACGGACCAAUCCCUGACGUACCAAAUGCAAUUAAAGCUCGCAAUGAGGACAUUCAGUACCAACGAAAAUCUGUGGCAGCGGCUCAGGAUGACAUGAAGAAGCUGAGCCAAGAUCUUGAGACCACGGAGCAGCUGUGCAGCUCUCUGCAGCAGGGAUACCAGGAAUACUGCCCUGACAUCCAACGCCAGAGAAGAGAGGUCAAGCAGCUGCAGACCCGCUACGCAAACGUGGCCAACCAGCUGAAUGAGAGAGAAAACAUCUUGCAAGAAGCUGGAAUCAAGCACCAGGAGUUUCAGAGCACAUGCAAAUCCCUGAAUUCCUUCCUGGAGAACAUGCCGACAAACCAGAUUAAUGACAACGAUGGUCUGUCUCAGGUCACCGCUAAGCAGAGCGCCCAAGAGAGAGUAAUGGAUGACCUGAAGAGGAAGGGAGAUGAUAUGGACAGAGUGACUGACCUGUCUCAAGAUCUACAGAAUCUACUCAAUGAAUAUGAGGCCGGUACUGACAAAUACAACAGUACACUUGAGGAUGCUGGAGCCACUGUUGCAAAGAAACCUUCUUUGCUCUCACUGGCUGAUGCUGUUCAGAAAGAGGAAAAAGAUCUGAUCAACCACUAUGCUGAAGCAACAGCUGAAAACGCACAACGCCAAAAACAGAUGAGCUUGGCUCAGAGUCUCAUGAUACAAAAUGAAGAGAAAGUCCAACUGGUUGCACAGCAACAUGUACAGCUUGAAAACCAACAAAGGAGUAUUUCUGAGUUAAGCAGUCUGUUGAAAGAGCUAGAGGAGGAGAAGGAGAGGACAAGUCAUACUGAGACAGACCUGAGAACCUUUAGAGACAGGAUGAUGUCUUUAAAGAGUCGCAGAGGUGUGGAGCGCAUUGAGGAGAAAGAAGUGCUGCAGUACUACCGCGACCCAAAACUGGAAAAUGAUUUGGCCGGCCUGCAGAACACACUGCACGAGGAGGCCCUAAGACGUAGCACCAUCCAGACUGAGGUUGAAGUGCUAAACAAGAAAAUCACCAUCCUGGAGGACACCCUCAAAAACACUCCACCCAAACUGGUCACUAGAGAGGUGACGGAGUUUGAGAGAGAUCCUCAGCUGGACAUUGAUGCUGCUAGGUUGAGAGAUGAAAUAGGGAGGAUGAGGGAUGAAAUUCGAGUGAAUGAUGGGGAGCAAAUUCAAAUGAAGACAGAAGUCACGAUUCUCCAGCAGAUGAAACCACCCAUCAAAGAGAAAGUGGUUAAGAAAGAAGUGCUGAAAGUAGAACAGGACCCGGAGAUGUUGAGAGCAGUGCGAACAUUUGAGACGGAAAUUUCCGAUGAGAGCAACAAGAGCAAGUUACUCAAUGAUGAAAUCUUCCAGACAAGGAGCCAGAUCAAUGCGCUUGAGAGACUGAUUCCGAACAUCAAGCCUAAGAUCAUCACCAAAGAAGUGAAAAAGAUUGAACAGGACCCUGACCUCAUCAAUGAAUCUAAAAAGAUUCGAACAAAUUUGGAGGAAGAGAGGAUUGAAAACAACUCUUUGUCCAAAGAGCUGAUGCAGCUCCAAAAUCGCUACCAAGAGGUUCAACUGUGGAAGCCAAAAAUCGAAGUGAAGGAAAUUGUUAAUGAGAUCUACCGGAUAGACCCAAACACCGAGGUAGAGAUAAUGCGGCUCAGGAAAGACAUCCAAGACUCCGGCAAGCAGCGCUCUGAUCUGGAGAGGGAAAUCAGUCAAGUUACAUCUCAGCUGAACAUGCUUCGUUCUGAGAAGCCCAAGGUGGAGCUUAAGGAAGUUCUCCAAGAGGUGGUUAAGGAGGAAAGAAGCCCAGAAAACGAAAGGGAGAUUCAGAGGCUAAAUGACCAGGUUAACCAGUUACGCACUGCUUACAACUCCCUCCUGAGCAAUGUGAUAGAACUCAGGAAAGAAAGAGAUGAAUGGAAGGCUGAAAAGUCCAAAAUAGAGACCAAACUCGUCACCAGAGAAGUCAUCAAGUAUGAACCUGAUCCUCUGUUGGAGAAAGAAGCUGACCGCUUGAGAAGGGAUGUGCGAGAGGAGGCAAAAUUGCGACGCACCACUGAAGAGAUGGUGUUUGAUCUGCAAAACAAGUACAUCCUGUUGGAAAGACAAAAGCCUGAGGAGAAAGUGGUUGUGCAGGAGGUUGUCCGUUUACAGAAGGACCCAAGGCAGUUACUUGAGCAUGAGAAGCUAAGCAGGAACCUGGAUGAAGAAAUAAACAACAGACGUCAAACAGAGCUCGAGUUGCAGCAGCUACGAACGAAAGUGGAAGAUAACGAGAGGAUUCUCAGAGAGAGCGAUGAGAGACAAAAGAGGAUUCAAGCCGAGUCUGAAGUCAGAGAAAUUCGACUGCGAAUUACACAGCUGGAAAACGCCCCACCUCCUGUUGAAGAAAGUAUUGUUGUCGAGGAGGUACUGAAGGUUGAAAGAGACCCAAAACUGGAGAGGAUGACAAACGGUCUUCGGUCAGAUAUGGACCAGCAAACCAGUGAUAUCCUGCGUCUCCAGAGGGACAUCCACAAGAUUACUCUAAAGCUUGAGGUCCUGCAGAAGGAGAAGUCUGGUGAGAAGACCGUGUACAAAGAGGUUGUCCGUGUUGAGAAAGACCAGGCUGUUGAAGCAGAGAGGGAUCACCUGAGGGAACAGGUGUCUCAGCAAAAAUUUGUCAGACAGGACCUGGAAGAUGAAAUCAGACGUCUCAAUGUUAAACUCAACAUUCUGAUGAACAAUAAGUCCAGCUCUUCAAAGGAGGAGACUAGCCUCAUUUUGAACAGAGAUGCCUUGCAGAGGGAGAGGGACGACCUCACUCGGGAGCUCAGGACCCUUGAGGCAAAGAAACAGGAGACAAGCAUCUCUUUCCAGCAGCAGAGCAGGCUAAUGAGUGAGAGAACACAAAUGAACAGACAGAGGAGCAUUAAAAUGGAGUCUGACACCCAGCGCCUGGAGAAGGAGAUCCUGGACGAAAAAGACAAGAUCCAUCUACGAGACAGCACCAUCAGGGAGCUUUUGUCGCUCGUGCAGAAAGAGGAGCAAGCAGAGACAAGGACCAAAGAGACCAAUGUCUCCACCAAAAUCACCAUUCUGGAUCCAGAUACAGGCAAAGAUAUGUCUCCAUAUGAUGCCUACCUGCAGGGCCUGAUUGAUCGGCAGCAGUACAUUAAUCUGCAGGAGCUGGAGUGUGACUGGGAGGAAAUUACAUCCAUGGGACCUGAUGGGGAGACAUCUGUACUGCAAGAUCGCAAGAGUGGAAAGCAAUACUCCAUCAAAGAUGCCCUGAAGGAAGGCAGGCUGACAGAGUAUCAGUUACAACAGUACAAACAGGGCAAGAUCCCCAUAUCAGAGUUUGCUUUGCUGGUAGCAGGUGACAAUAAGAAACAAUCUCAGUUUAACUCAGUCAAUCCAAGCUCCACCACAACAGUGAAAUCAGCCCCCUCAGACCUCUCCACUGCUAAAGAGAUCUACCCAGUUGCUGGAAUAAUGGAUACAAACACUGACACCUGCUUUACAAUACGCAGUGCAAGCCUGCGUAAGCUCAUCGACCCCACCACUGCCCAGAAACUUCUGGAGGCUCAGGCAUCAACAGGUGGCAUCAUUGACAUCAACAACAAAGAGAGAUACACAGUUCAUAAGGCAGCAGCCAGAGGCCUCAUUGAGGACAGCCAACUCCAGAGGCUACUCAAUGCACAAAAGGCUUUCUCUGGGGUUGAAGACCCUGUGACCAGAGAGUGUUUGUCUGUGGGAGAAGCUGUUCAGAAAGGCUGGAUGCCCAAAGAAACUGCCAUUCGCUACAUGGAGGCACAGCACCUGACUGGAGGGCUGGUCAAUCCCAAAACCGGCCAGAGAGUAAGCAUUAUGGAUGCCAUUGGGUCCAAAAUGAUCGACAGCACAAUGCUGAGGGAGCUGCAGGCUGAGACAAUGUACAUUAAGGAUAUUAUAGACCCAAUCACAAAGGAGAGAAUCAACUACAAACAAGCUCUGGAUCGCUGUAAGAAAGACCUCAUGUCAGGCUUACCAAUGCUGCCUGCUUCCUCCAGAGAUUCUGGUUACACUCCAUUAUACAACUCUACAACAAGAUAUGCAAAAUUCUAGAUAUGUUUACUGUUGAGUGAUGUGGUAAAAAUGAACCAUUCGAUUACGGGAAAUCCAUAUGAAAUCCAUACAUUAAUUACAAUGCAUAUUUUGACUCAGGAAAAGUGUUUCACUGCAAAGUUGUUUGUCUAGCCAAAAUGAAUGCUGCUGAGUUGCCGUUGUUUACCAAACUUGUGUGAUGUGGGCAAAUGUUGUUUUGAUUUAAUUUAAAUACCAAGGAUAUUAAUACAGUUAACGUUUGAUAUCAUGUUAUUAGGGACACUGGGACAUGGUGCAAUGCUUUAUCAGGAUUGGUUUGAUUCUGUACUUGUGGGCUAUCUAUGACACUGUUCACUUUAAACUCAGUCUUGUUUGAUACUUUAUGAACAUAUCAAUAAAUUUAAAUUAUAAUGGCUAAAAAAGUG